AUGAAAUACCUACGAUCUUCGGCGGCCCUUGCAGGCGCGACUCUCGUAUCAUAUGUUGCUGCGACGGUUACUAUGAAAAUGACCAGAGGCCCAAACCUCAACAGGCGCAACCUCGCAGCACGCGAUUCUAUCACAGCUGUCUUGAACAACAAUAUUACGGGAGGGAGUUAUUAUGUGGAAGUCAAUGUGGGAAGCCCAGGGCAGAAGCAGACGAUGGCUUUGGAUACGGGGUCGAGCGAUGUCUGGCUGUUGUCUUCAAUGGCAGAUCUUUGUACAAGUGCAUUUUUGCAAGGUUUCCUCGAUGAUGGAUGUGCGAGUACAUUUGACCACAACACUAGUUCGACCUACAAACUCGACAAGCAAGGUCGGUUUAGUAUUCGAUAUUUAGACCAAUCCGGGGCAAGCGGAGACUACAUUUCGGACGUCUUUCAAAUCGGUGGAAAAACAUUAAAGACAUUAGAGAUGGGCCUCGCGUAUAAAUCGACAGUAGGAACUGGACUUAUAGGCAUUGGAUACUCCUUGAACGAAGCUUCGGAUGCGCGUAACAGCCCUUCACCCUUCGUCUACCCCAGCAUAAUCGAUACAAUGUUGAGCCAGGGCUUGAUCGAUCGCAGAGCCUACAGCUUGUACCUCAACGACCUAGAUGCCUCAACCGGGUCCAUUAUCUUUGGUGGGUUAGACGCAGACAAAUACCAGGGCAAUCUCCUUCAUAUGCCGGUUGUGCCCACGCGUCUUUCAAACGGAUCCUCACUAUACUACGACUUGGGCGUAGCACUUACAUCCUUCGGUAUCACAGGCCAGCAUGGCAACACCGUGAACCUGACUUCCACUGGCUUCAAAGAAGUAGCGAUCCUCGACUCUGGCACAAAAAUCACCCUACUCCCCACCAGCAUCGUUGCGAACAUGUACCAUAAAAUUGGCGCCGUUGAUGAUACUAACGGGACCGGUCUUGUGUUUAUUGAUUGCGCUAUCCUGAAGCAAUCUCCCGACUUGACCUUUAACUACGGCUUUGGCAAUCAUUCGGGACGCAGUAUUGUGGUUCCAAUAAACGAAGUAGUAUUCGACGUCAAAGACUAUUUGUCCGACCCAGACACCAAACUUCCCCCUCUCCCUUUCAAGAACCCCUGCGCUUUCGGCAUCUAUGAUGGUGGUUCUACGGGUCCGUACCUCCUGGGCGACACGUUUCUACGAAGCGCAUACGUGGUAUACGAUUUGGAUGACAAUGUUAUCGCGAUCGCGCAGACGAACUUUAAUAGUUGCAGCAGCAGCUUGGUGGAGUUCCGGGCGAACGAGACUGGGAUUCCAAGGAUCAGUGGGGUGGCGAGUAGUGUGAGGUUGCCGGGGACUGGCGGCGGGAAGACUACUACCCGUGCGGAAGGGACCGAGGCGGCUAGUGCGACGGGGUUAGUCACUACGAAUUCGGACGGUGUAUUGACAGGGUCAAUCAUUGUGGCGACGAAGGCUACUGCGAAGGCCAUGACGACUGUGACUGCGACCAGUGUGGGGAUCUCGACGGCGAGUCAGAGUAAAGAAGCUACUGCGGGUAGUGUGUCUGUUUUUAAUGCGAAUGAAUUCGUAGUACUGGGAAUUGCGGGAGUUUGUGCAGUGCUGGGCGGCGAAUGGUUUAUUUCAUGA